CAGACGUGGCACGCGACCGACGACGCGACGCGGACGGUCGAGCCGAACGGAGAUUCGCGAUUCGCGAAAUACGUGCGCGCGCGCGCGCGCGCACAGCGCACAGCGCGGCGCACGGCGCACAUCGCGUCGCACGCAGCAGCAGUAGCAGCACGCAGGCAACUUGAGACGAUUCGUGACAGCCGCGUUCGUGUGGCCGACGACGGCGAGUGCGUCGACUAUCCGGGGAUACGCUUCCGCGUGGCGUCGCGAGGGACCUCACCUCCUCACCGCCGAACGUUCGCGUUCGGUUCGUCUCGCAGGCAACUGUCGUCACGUCUCGGGGUAAACGAGAACGAUUGAAACAUGGUAAUACUUAGCAGCUUCCUGCCUCCACAGGAAGGGAUACGCCACGAGGAGCCAAAUACUACAGUGUACAUCAAUGACAGAGAAGUGGGAAAGGGCACGUUCUACAUUACGGAGAGCGUGCUCUCCUGGGUGGACAGUGACACGCAACAGGGAUUUUCACUAGAGUAUCCUCACAUUUCAUUGCAUGCUGUUUCACGAGAUGAGCAAGUUCAUCCGAGACAAUGUUUAUAUAUUAUGGUCGAUGCCAAAGUAGACCUGCCAGAUAUGCCAUUACCGUUAUCAUCUGAAAAUGGUUCAGAAAACGAGGACGACGAUGCGGACGCUCCAAUUACGGAAAUGCAGUUUGCGCCGGAUAAUACAAAUAAUUUAGAUUUAAUGUUUCAAGCAAUGAGUGCUUGCCAAGCACUUCAUCCUGAUCCACAGGACAGCUUUUCCGACGAGGACAUCUAUGAAGACGCCGAGGAAGAUUAUGAGGGUGAAUAUGACGAAGAGGUGGGCGCUGGAGAUGCGCCUUGCAUUUUGCCGACAGAGCAAUUGGGGACCACUCAUACAGGAGCAGAAGCAGAAGAAGCUAUGGACAUCGAAGCGGGUCAAUUCGAAGACGCGGAAGAAGAUCCGUAAGAGGCAAUGAUUAGGUGCAGAUGUGCAUUUAGCGUUAAUUUACAUGUUUAUCAAUUUCAUAUAUGUAUUUCGGUAGAUAUGUAUACGUGACGUCGUUAUUGCAAAACUUACUACGGAGCCGUAUCAAACGUUGAAGCACCUAAAACAUUUAUUUAUAUUCAUUUUGUACAUGGCGAUAAUUUCCUAGAUAAAAAUAAAUAAUUGUACAUCAGA